UUCUUAGUUUUCUAGAAAUAUAACAAAAAAGGAAAAAGAAAAUCUAUGCAAACGAUAAUCCAAAUGAAAUCUAAGCAAACUCAUCCGACCCCACAAAACCAUAUCAUAAAGUUCCCCCAUACACUCUGCAAGAACACACAAGCCACCAUUUUCUUCACUUCUUCCAAGUUCCAUUCCAUUCCUACACUCAUUCUCUUUCCCUCAUCCUUAUGCUCCUCCUCACAUAAACUCAUGGCAACCGCCACUACUCACAAGUGGCUCACACACUUCUCCAGCACAAAACACAGCAACAUCAAGAGGCAACAUCAACACCAACAUCAGCAGCAACAUCCCUUGUAUUUCAUCCACCACCAUAGACCCGUGUGUCAGGGAUGCUACCUUUCAAUGAACGGUUGCGGAGAAGGAGAAUACAAUGCAAGAAACCCUGUUGGCACCAUAGAAACCCGGACCUUGGCACCAGUUGCAUCACUUGCAAUGGCUAUGUGCAGCCUCAAGAUGGCAAUUUCAGAGUUGAAAGCAGACCCUCCAUUUUGUACCUCUUCUGGCAUAGUGAGAGUGCAGGUUCCCAUUGAGGAGCAGGUUGAAGCCAUUGAUUGGCUCCAUUCUCAGAGCCACCUUCUCCUCCCUCGCUGCUUCUUUUCCGGCAGGGAACAUAAUCCCCGCCGUGGAAACUUGGUCAGUGUUGCUGGUGUGGGUUCAGCUGUUUUCUUUUCCCAGCCACAUCCAUUUUCCUAUUGGGAUUGGAUAUCUAUAAGGAGGUUUCUUUCUGAGAGAUCCCCUUUAAUCCGUGCAUAUGGGGCUAUCCGUUUCAAUGCGAAAGCUAAGAUGUCAUCAGAGUGGCUGGCUUUUGGCUCUUUCUACUUCAUGAUUCCGCAGGUUGAGUUUAAUGAGCUUGAAGGAGGUUCAAUGCUUACAAUAACUAUUGCCUGGGACAAUGCUCUUUCUUGGUCAUGGGAAACUGCAAUCAAUGAACUCCGAGCCACAGUUUGCAAAGUUUCUUCUUCCAUUGUUAAGUCUCCAAAACAAGCUCCUCCAACAUUAAUAUUAAGCAGCCAUAACAUUCCCAGCAAAGUAGAUUGGGAUCUUGCUGUUAACAGAGCUUUGCAGAUGAUAGAGCAAGAAGAUUCCUUGCUAACCAAGGUUGUGCUAGCUCGUAGCACCAGAGUUGUGCCUACUGCUGAUAUUGAUCCUCUAAUGUGGUUAGCUUGCUUAAAGGUUGAAGGUGGGAAUGCUUAUCAAUUUUUCCUUCAGCCGCCUAAUGCACCAGCAUUUAUCGGAAACACACCAGAGCAACUAUUUCACAGAAAACGGCUCCACAUUACUAGCGAGGCUUUGGCUGGAACCCGUGCUAGAGGAGUAUCUCUAGCACUAGACCGUCAAAUUGAACUUGAUUUACUUACCAGUCCAAAGGAUGACAUUGAGUUUACGAUAGUGAGAGAUACCAUAAGAAGAAAAUUAGAGGCAGUAUGCGAGAACGUUGCAAUCAAGCCGAAGAAAAUGAUAAGGAAACUACCCAGGAUCCAACAUUUAUUUGCUCAACUAGUCGGCAAGUUAAGAAGUGAAGAAGAUGAGUUUGAAAUUUUGUCAUCACUGCACCCAAGUCCAGCAGUUUGUGGGUUUCCAACAGAAGAGGCACAACUUUUAAUUGCAGAAACAGAAGUAUUUGAUCGAGGGAUGUACGCUGGACCUGUUGGUUGGUUUGGUGGAGGAGAGAGUGAGUUUGCUGUUGGCAUCAGGUCAGCAUUGGUGGAAAAGGAUCUAGGUGCACUGAUAUAUGCUGGAACAGGGAUAGUGGAAGGAAGCAAACCUUACCUGGAGUGGGAUGAGCUAGAGCUCAAAACAUCUCAGUUUACCAAGUUGCUCAAACUUGACUUGCCUCUGAGACAAAAAGUAGAUGUAAAAUGAGCUCCAUCAACUAAUACAGUUAGCACCGUUCAUGACAAAUUUAUGCUGAUAAACUUGGUUGAUAGCCUCUAUUUUCAUUUAUAUAUGAUUAUUUGUAUCACCACCAUGAAUGGUGAUUGAUGGUUUUUCUAUAUCAACCCUUGUAUCAAAUUAUAGAUUAUAGAUUAUAAGGUCAACAAUGUGAACGGUUCCCAUUAAUGUGUUCCCAUUACAUCUAAGUCAAGCUUUUCAUUGUAUUAUAAUGAAUUAGAAUGAUGUGUAUUAUUUAUGCAGAUUGAAAAGAGAUACAAUUUCUCAGAAACUAAAUGGAAAAUUCAAUUGCUGUUUCUUC